UUCCCGAUGAACAUCUCUCAUCGCUGAAGUUUGUGUUUGGGUCGUCAGCCAUCCAAGCCUUGGACUUAGUUGACCGAGAGUCCGUCACUUUAAUCUCAUCACCCAGUGGAAGGCGUGUUUACCAGGUGCUUGGGAGUUCUGGCAAAACAUACACAUGUAUGACUUCCUGUCAUUACUGCUCAUGCCCAGCAUUUGCCUUCUCAGUGUUACGGAAGAGUGACAGUCUGCUGUGUAAGCAUCUCCUGGCAAUUUAUCUUAGUCAGGUUAUGAGAAACUGCCAGCAGCUCAGUGUGUCAGACAAGCAACUGACAGACCUAUUAUUGAUGGAAGACACAAGAAGCAUAAAAGGUGCAGGUGGAACAGCUUUCAAGACAGAAGCCUACCAGGAAAUAUGUUCAACAUCUCAUGGUUCACAGGAUGGAGGGACAAGAUACACUUCCGGACUUGUUACUGUCACUUUGCCUUCAUAGGCUGCAGGGUGGGCUUUGGAUUGGCACUGUAGGCUGCAGAGAGUUGUGUGGUUAAGAGCCCCACAUGAUCUUAACAUGAACCAGCCUCUGAGCCCCACAGAUAGAAACAUCCCUGGGUACAAUUCAAUAUUGUUGACUCAAAUAAAGCCCAAUACCAUGUGUCUGCAACUAGAUCAGGUUACUAAAGUACUAGUAACUUUGUAAAGGUGGGAUGGUAGACCAAACUGAGUAAGAGCAAGCUUAAAUGAGAAAAUUAUUCCUUAGUAAAGGACUAGAGCAGACAUGUAGCUAAAUGGCAACAAGUAUGAGAAGAUGAGGGGCCUUCUGCUAAGCUCAUCUGUGUGCUGGUGUCAGGGCAGCUGAUGGGGAUGCACUGAGAGAAAUGAUGUGGAAAAAAGGGAGAGCUGGGUCUGCUGUGAGCAUUUCUAGGCUUUUAUAGCAGGAUAAAGAUACACUAAAGCCCUGGAAGGGAACUAGAUCCUACGAGGAAUUUCACAUGAAAAAGAAAAGACAAACUAGGUGCCAGGAGUGGUGUGGGAAAGAAGAGACAAGAUAGACCCAGAGAGAGCAAAGGAACAACGAGAAAAUAACUAUGAAAAGAUGAGAUAGACCCAGAGAACAAAGGAGCAAUGAGAAAAUAACUGUGAAGAGGAACCAGCCUAGGAAAAGGACGCAAGAGGUAAAGUUAUGACAGCCAGAAGACCCUAGAAGGUCGGGAAUUCCCUGAGUCUCUAAGCACUCAUACUUUUAGGAACUCAAGAAGUAGAUGAAAUAGGUGACUUCAUAGCCUAGGGACCCCCCUGCCACAUUGUUGUGCCCCAUACUCAAACUGUUAUUGAACAGCCUCUGUAUAAAAAGCCAAAUACAUAUUGCA